AGCAGGCAGCACCAGUCUCUCCUCUAGUCAGAGGAGGGUAGACUAAAAAAAACUGUAGUCGGAGGAGGGCAGACUAAAAAGUGAAGAGGAUACUCUCCUUGGGCUAAAAACAACGAGCUCAAACUAACAUUACGGGACGUUUUGUACUCCACUUUUCGACAUUUGCAGGUGUAAGUUGCGCUCGUCAGCCAUGAAGUCCUCCAGCAGUCGUCCCUCCAGAGUGAGUAGAAACCCCUUCGUCCACGACCUGAAACUCACCAUGACAGAGAAAAUCAAGAUAGGACUGAUGUCAGUCACAGUGUUUCCAGUGCGGUUGCUACUGGUUUCCUUCCUCAUGCUACUGGCGUGGCCCUUCGCCUUCACUGCCUCCCUGGGACGCUCUGAUUUUGUCAUGGAGCCACAGUCGUGGUGGAGGAGGUUCAUAGACCUGAGUCUACGUGUGAUCAUGCGGGCCAUGUGGUUUUGCGGAGGUUUCCAUUGGAUCAAGGUGAUAGGGGAACGGGCGCCGCCCUCUGAAGCUCCCAUCCUCACCAUGGGACCACACUCCUCCUACUUUGAUGCCAUCCCAGUCACCAUGACCAUGUGCUCCAUGGUCGCCAAACUGGAGAGCAGGAGCAUUCCCGUCUGGGGCACUCUGAUCAGCUUCAUCCGGCCGGUGUUUGUGUUUCGCUCGGAUCAGGACUCCAGAAGAAAAACAGUAGAGGAGAUCAAGCGGAGAGCCCAGUCUGGAGGGGAGUGGCCUCAGAUCAUGAUAUUCCCAGAGGGGACGUGCACCAACAGGUCGGGGCUCAUCUUAUUCAAGGCUGGUGCUUUCAUACCAGGACUCCCAGUGCAGCCUGUGGUGCUGCGCUACCCAAACAAACUGGAUACUAUUACAUGGACGUGGAAAGGUCCCGGAGCGUUCAAAAUCCUGUGGCUCACUCUGUGCCACCCUCAUAAUCCCAUGGAGAUAGAGUACUUGCCUGUUUACACACCAUCAGACGAGGAGAAGGAAAACCCUGCCCUGUUUGCCAACAAUGUCAGAAAGCUCAUGGCAAAGGCGCUGGAGGUGCCGCUCAUAGACCUGUCCUUUGACGACUGUGAGAUCAGCCUAUCGCGGGGCCCGCUGGGCAUAUGUGACUACAGCAGCCUGCUCGAGUUCCACAAGCUGGUGUGCCGCUUGGGGCUGAGAGCAGGAAGGACAGAAGAAGGGCUGGAGGAGCAGGCCAGAAGAGUCAUAAAGCUGCAGGGAGACAGGCUGAGUUUGGAAGACUUUGCUCAGUUCCUCAACCUGCCAGUUACAGACACACUCACACAAGUCCACAGCCUCUUUGACCAGCAUGGAGACGGACAGAUAGACAUCAGACUCUAUGUUAUUGCUCUAUCUACCGUUCAUCGACCAUCAAAGUCAAUGGAGACCCUUAAACUGGCCUUUAAGAUGUAUGAGAGCGAGGAGGACGGGGACGUCCUAGAGGACGAUAUCGCUGCCAUCUUGGAAAUAAUGUUGGGAGUGAAAAAGGUGGAACUUUCAGGUCUUUUUUUAUCGCUCGACAGACCUGACACGGGGAAGAUGACAUAUGAUGAACUUCAUCAUUUUAUAGAGCAGCACCCACGCUUAGUCCAGGACUACCUCGAUUUUGAAAACCAUCCGCGCCAAUUCUCCUCCUUCGGCCGACCUAAGAGCUGCAACGGCCAGAACCACAACAAAGACCAAUAAAGAAAUGGACUAUAAUGCAA